UAACAAAUUCUUAGUACCAGUUGAUAAAUGUGUAGCUGCCAGAUCCAAGGAUGAUUUAUUGGUUGCUCUUUAUAGUAUUUGCUGUAACAUCGAUGAAUUGUGCGAACCUUCAUGUGGAAAUAGAAAAGAUUUUUCAGCUGUCCGUUAUACACUUCAAUGAUUUUCACGCAAGGUUUGAUCAGAUUAACGAUUCGGGUGGUGUCUGCAAAGCUGGCGAGAAUUGUAUUGGUGGAUUUUCCAGACUAUACCGCCAAGUUGAGGACAUUCUAACAGAUAAGCCAAGUUCCAUUUUGUUGAAUGCGGGGGACAGUUUCCAGGGAACUCUUUGGUAUACAGUGGGAAAAUGGAAUGUCACGCAACAAUUCAUGAAUAGACUUCCAAUAGAUGCCGAGGUUUUAGGUAAUCACGAUUUUGAUGACGGCAUUUCGGGGGUAGUUCCUUACAUAAAGAGUCUGCAUCACCCUGUUGUUGUUUGCAACAUAGAUGAUGAAUUGGAACCAGAAAUUCAAAGAAUCUAUCAGAAGAGUAUCGUGAUUGAAAGAGAAGGAAAGAAAAUUGGGGUCAUUGGAGUUAUAUUAUCGGAAUGUGAUAAGAUCGCCAAAACUGGUCAACUGAAGUUCUUACUAGAAUCGCCCAGUGUAAAUGCAGAAGCGGAACGUUUGGUGAAGGAGGAAGGAGUGUUCACGAACAUUGUAUUAUCUCACUCUGGAUACGACAUUGAUAAGAAAAUAGCUGCCAAUGCCUCUGAGAAAAUUAGCCUCAUUGUUGGUGGUCAUUCUCAUACUUUUUUGUUCACUGGAGACGAUCCACCAGGCCCUGACAUUGUUGGUGGUCCAUAUCCAACAGUUGUGAAGAGUAAAUAUGGGCACACUGUUUUGGUAACUCAAGCGUCAGCGCUGUGCAAGUAUUUGGGAAACAUUACUAUAUUUUUUGAUGAAAAUGGAGAGGUAAUCGACUAUUCCGGACAGCCAAUUUUUUUGAGUUCCAAUCAUCAACAAGAUGAGCAAAUCAAUCAAGAACUGUCACUAUGGAAAAACAUGGUUGAGUCCCAAGGAGAUGUAGUCUUGGGAUCUACCUUUGUCACUCUCAGUGGUGAAAGUUGUUAUAAUCGAGAAUGUUCUCUGGGAAAUUUUGUAGCUGAUGCAAUGGUUUACGCUUAUACAAGCGACAUUGGCGGAGGGCCUUGGACUAGAAGCUCCAUUGCUGUGGUGAAUCCAGGUGGAAUGCGAAACGAUAUCAGAAUAGGAGAUAUAACAUACAAUGAUUUGGCUACUGCUCAACCGUUCGAAAAUACCUUUGAUAUUGGUGAAAUAGACGGAGUACAUCUGAGAGAAUUGUUUGAGUAUACGAGCUUGCCGUACGGAUAUAAAAACGCCGAAAACAGGUUGAAUAUAUUACAGGUUUCUGGUUUAAAGAUUAUAUACAACCUUAAGAAACCCGAAGGCCAGCGACUGGAAUCUUUGAAGGUUCUUUGUCAAAACUGUUCUGUUCCAGUUUAUGAAGAUCUUGACGAUAAUAAAACAUACAGCAUUGUUGUUAUUUCACAUCUGUUGGAUGGAGGACGAUAUCCAAUACUGACGAACAAAGUGAAGAAUCGAACAACUGGGCGCCUCGAUAUGGACGUUUUCAUAGAGUUUUUAGCAAAUCGUGAUCCUGUCUUCAUUGAGACAGGAACAAGACUUACAUUCAAUUAAAUGAAAAUUUGAUUUGUAUUUACAAGAGUUCAACGAUUAUAUAUUCAUCUAUUUAACAUGUAGUUCCGAUUAUGAUUC